AUGCCUCUCUCAAUCAUACCCAUUUUCGAUGAUACUUCAUUAGAUAAUUACGAAGACAUCGACAAUAAUAGUACUCUUAUACAUAAUAAUUCGACUCCAGUAAUGCAGCAAUAUCAUAAUUCAUCACCAAGCAUGUCGUUGGACGGCUGCUACAUUAAUGGCAAUAUUAGGUUUGUCAAGAAGAUUGGUGCAGGAACUUUCGGAUUAAUAUAUCUAGUGGAAGACACUUUAACACAGACAUUAUACGCCGCUAAGUUGAUAUUGAAAAAGCCUCCUAGGAAUAGCAAUGGGACUAAGUCUCAGGAUAUUGCCGUCAACAAAAAGUUCAUCCAAGAGCAACUUUACAUGUACUUCCACAAUAAGGAAGACGCAUCACCUAAAAAUAUAGUUGCAGAUGAAUUACCACUUGAGUUUUUGAAAACCCAAUGUGGUGAUUGUACAUUUUUAAAAGAAAUUUCGUCCCACUUGCAAGUGCAUGAGCAUCCAAACGUCACAACAAUUCACAAGGUUCUCAAUUUAAGUAAAAUGGCGGUAGUGAUAUUGAUGGACUACUGUCACCAAGGUGAUUUAUUCCACAAUAUCAUAGAUAAUCAAAUAUUUGUAAGUACAUCAGAUGUUGAUAGAAUCGAUAAACAGUUGCUUAUGAAAAAUGUGAUAUUGCAGCUUAUAGAUGUUAUCAAGUACUGUCAACAGAAAAGCAUAUUCCAUUGUGACUUAAAACCUGAGAAUAUUAUGGUCAACUAUAAUCCACACUAUAAGCGCACAAAUCAUUCCAAAUCGCAUAUUGUUGACUACAAUGAAAUACAAAUAAUGUUAAUCGAUUUCGGAUUAGCCAUGGACAACCCAUUGAUCUGUUGCAAUGUUUGCCGUGGGUCCUCAUUUUAUAUGGCACCAGAGAGAAUUACAAAUUACACUGGGUCCAAUCUUAUCAAAACAUUGGUCGACUUGAGUAAGUACCAAUCAGUAGAAAUGUGCGAUUCCAAGCACUGCAAUAGUAACAAGUAUUUCCCCACAAUUGCAGGAGAUAUAUGGUCUCUUGCAGUAUUGUUUAUAAACAUAACAUGUUCGAGAAAUCCAUGGCCAAUUGCAUCAAUAGACUCUAUAAACGAUAGACAAGUAUUCCAUAACUAUAUACUUGGUAACAAUCCUUCGGUUUUAAGAGAUAUACUCCCAAUUUCAAGGCAGUUUAAUGAUUUGCUCAACAAAAUUUUCGUUAUGGAUCCAAGUAGUAGAUUAUCACUAGACGAAAUAGAAAAAGAAAUAAAGAACACAGAUUUCUUCAACGAUGAACUAUUGGAUGAUGAUGAAGAUAAUGAUGAAGUGAGAGAUGAAGUCAUAGCUUACAAUAAUGUUGGCCCAUCUCCUGCAGACUCGCUUUUCUCGCCAAAGAACUGUUCAUCGCAUUCGUCCUUCUCCUCAUCUACACAAAGAAUCGGCAGCUUCCAAGGUAAAGCAACUUAA